CGGGCGGAUCUUAGUGAUUUUUCCCUUCAGCUGCAGUUUGUUGAGUUUGAGUGUCGCUCCUCUGAGCUGCUGAGGAUCAAACGGGUCUCUGCUGGUUCUCGAUCCGCAGAUCCAGACCGGAACGGAUCCAUGGAGUAAAGGAGCAGCUCAGCAGAGGUAUGGAGUGUGUGUUGUUGGUGUGUGUGUGCAUGCUCAGUGUGUGUGUCGGGGCUCAUAAUGGAUUGGACACAAGUGACCACACCCACCAGGACCAUCAUCACCAGCAGGUGGUUUCCAGCGGCGACACAUCUUCAGAUCUGUGCAUAAUCGACCCACAGCUCUGUGGCGACGAAAACGCCUUCCUCAGCUUCGAGGCGAUCCGCAGCAUCCACAAGCUGAUGGAUGACGAUGCUGACGGUACCGUGGACACCAUGGAGACGGACGAGUUUCUUAGGGAGGACCUGAAGUAUCACGACCCCAAAGCCAAACACAGCAGCUUCCACCGGGCCGACCCGCACAUCAGUGUAGAGGACAUGUGGAGCACCUGGAAGAGCUCAGAAGUGUACAACUGGACGGCGCCGCAGGUGGAGGAAUGGCUCGUUAUCAGCGUGGAGCUUCCUCAGUACGCAGAGAGCUUCAGGAAACACCAGCUGGACGGCAAAGCUCUGCCCAGGUUUCACCUCUCUGUCCCUCCUCUUCCUCGCUUCAGGCUGGCGGUGAAGAACAUCUCUCUGACGGUUUCCCUGCUGAAGAUCUUGGACAGAAGUCACGUUCAGAAGCUGCAGCUCAAGGCCCUGGACAUUGUUCUGUUUGGGCCGCCACCAGGCCGGCAGAACCAAUGGAAGGAUCUUCUUCUUGGUUUGUCUGUGCUAAUGGCACUAGGCGGCUGCUGGUUCGCCUACGUCCAGACCAGGAAGUCCAGAGACGACCUGGUGAAGCUGAUGAAGGACCUGGAGGGUCUGCAGAGGGCUGAACAAAGUCUGCUGGACCUGCAAGCAAAAUUACAGCAGGCGCAGGAAGAACAGCACUGGGUCCAAGUGGAGAAAGUAAAGGUGGAGGAGCAGCUCCAGAGCGAGAUCAACUCAGCCAAACAGGAAGCUCAGCGGCUCCGUAACCUGCGAGAGGGAGCCGAGAACGAGCGGAGCCGGCAGAAAUACGCUGAGCAGGAGCUGGAACAGGUUCGAAUGGCACUGAAGAAGGCUGAGAAGGAGCUGGGGUCUCGGGCUUGCUGGGUGCCGCCAGAGGCUCUGCAGAAGUGGCUGCAGCUGACGCAUGAAGUUGAAGUUCAGUACUACAACAGCAAGAAACAGAGCGCAGAGAGGCAGCUGCUGCAAGCCAGAGAGGGGGCAGAGAAGAUCAAGAAGAAGAGGAGUUCUCUGUUUGGAACGUUCCACGUGGCUCACAGUUCUUCACUGGAUGACGUCGACCACAAGAUCCUCUCAGCCAAACAGGCCCUGGCUGAGAUAACAGCGGCCCUGCGGGAGAAACUCCACCGCUGGCAGCAGAUCGAGUCUCUGACGGGCUUCUGUGUGGUCAGUAAUCCGGGUCUGGCAGCAUUGGCUGCCGCCCUCAACCUGGACCCGUCUUUCCUCGGCCUGAGACCCCCGACCCCUCAGAACCUGCUCCUUUCAGAUGACCUGGACGACAUGGACGAAGAUAUCCUGUCUCCAGGGACGCUACAGUACGCAGCUUGGCAGAUGGAUCGGCGUGUGAGUGACCUUUGGCCACUGAGCAGCAUCACAGACACCCAGUUACCAUGGAAACAAUCAGUUCAGAGUCUGAUGCCCUUGCGACAGAAGGCAGGAGACCCCGAGUUGACGUUUGGCUCUCAGAGGGACAUCAUGAGCCGCUCAGACUCUGACUCCGCCCUCCCACUGUCUCUCAACAAAUCACGAGCUCUCUACAACUCCAGGCCAUAUCUUCUGGACUCCAGACCCCUCCCCCUACAGGGUCAAGGUUCCACCCACAGAGUGGUAGGAGGAGGAGGUCUUGAGAAGAGCUCCAGCCUCGGGGAGCUGAGAGGCAACUCCUCCACAGUCCUCACCUCCUCCUGCUCCACACGCUCCCUCUACGUCACCUCAGACACUCCUGAUGGCUCCAUCAUCUUCUCCUCAUCCGCCUCAUCCAGCUCGUCUGGCAGCGGACAGGGAGCCGGCGUCCAGCCAUUCAACAUGAAGAAAGACAGAGGAGAGGCUCAGGAGCCGUCGGCCAGCCGGAGGAAGAAAGCUUUUUAUACCAUCUUCAGGAAAAAGAGAGACGUUCCUGAAGCUGUGAGCGAGAGAUAAACCCUCCUGCUGGGUUAGAAUGAAGCAUCAUCUUCAUCAUGAAGACCCUUCCAAGUUUCCUUCUGCAGGGACACUGAUGAAUAGAAAGGAAGAAGAGUUAAAACUGAACUUUACACAAAGGUGUUAAACACAUGAGUGAGGGGCUCCACAAUAAAAAGUAAAUCUGUGAAAAACUUUUUAUGUGCGGACAAAUUAAGACAAUAAAACAGAAAAAUCUAAAUAUU